CUGACGGCUCCGGCGACCAAUGCGGGCGUCACUUCCGGUCUCACAGCUAGCACGGCCGGCUGUGAGCGAGCUAGCUGCCGACGGGACUCCAGCGGAACAGAUGACGUCCAGGAUGCAUAACAAAAUGUGUUGGGUCCUUCUCAGCAGCUGGGCUCUGCUGCUGCUCCAGCUCCUGGGCUUGGAGGCAGUGCCCAUCAGCAUGGACAAGACCAAAAUCAAAGAGCCAGAGAUCAAACCUGAGGAGCCUCCAGCCAGUGUGGACACUGGACUUCACUAUGACCGCUACCUCAGGGAAGUCAUUGAUUUUCUCGAGAAAGAUCAGCACUUCAGAGAAAAGCUCCACAAUACAGACAUGGAAGACAUCAAGGCAGGAAAGCUUGCUAAAGAGCUGGACUUUGUCAGUCACCAUGUCCGAACAAAACUGGAUGAACUGAAGAGGCAGGAGGUAAACAGACUGCGAACCCUGAUCAAGGCCAAACAGGACAUAGAAGGAGGGAAUGACAUCGCAGUGGAUCACCAGGCUCUGCUGAAACAGUUUGAGUAUUUGAACCACAUGAACCCACAUACUUUUGAAGUGGAUGACUUAGAUCGACUCAUCAAAUCGGCAACCAAUGAUCUGGAGAACUUCGACAAAGAAAGACACGAGGAGUUCAAGCAGUAUGAAAUGAUGAAAGAGCACGACAGACGGGAGCACCUGAAAACACUGGACGAGGAAGAAAGAGUGAAAGAGGAGGAGCACUACGAGGAGAUGAAGAAGAAGCACGCAGAUCACCCUAAAGUCAACCACCCGGGCAGCCAGAAUCAACUGAAGGAGGUGUGGGAGGAUGCUGACGGCUUGGACCCUGAAGAUUUCGACCCUAAGACCUUUUUCAAACUGCAUGAUUCCAAUGGAGAUGGCUUCUUUGACGAACAGGAGCUGGAAGCGUUGUUCACCAAAGAGUUGGAAAAAAUCUAUGACCCCACCAACGAAGAAGAUGACAUGCUGGAGAUGGAGGAAGAGAGGCUGCGUAUGAGAGAGCAUGUUAUGAACGAGGUGGAUUCGGACAAAGACAGGCUGGUCUCUUUAGAGGAGUUCCUGGUUGCAACAAAGAAAAAGGAAUUCUUGGAGCCCGAUAGCUGGGAGACCCUGGAGCAGAACCAGGCGUACACAGACGAAGAGAUGAGGGAGUUUGAGGAUCAUCUUGCUCAGCAGGAACAGGACCUGAACCUGAAGGCUGUCGACCUCCGGAAACAGAGAGAAGAGCUGGAGCAGCAACAGGAGCAGCUCAACGCACAGAAAAUAGAGCUGCAGCAGGCAGUAGAGCACAUGGAACGAUUGAAAUCACAGAAAGUAGAACCCCCUCCAGAGGUUCAUGUUGAAGGAAAUGCUAUUCCAGAGAUAUAUCCAGUGGACAAUCAGUUGCAUCAUGAAGAAGAGGCUCAACCACAAGAGCAUCAGCCUGCAGCUCCAGAUGCAGCUCAGGAACUCCACGCACAACAACUUCAAGACCUGGGUCAGCACGGUCUCCCCCAGACUCGCCAGGAUCUGCCGCCAGGCCACCAGGAAGCUGCAGAAAGCCAACACAACCUGCCGUAAUAGCUUUAUCAGAACUUUCAACACCAGACUUUUGCAGCACCUCCACUCUAGCGUGCAGAGGAGAAAACCCUCCCGAGUUUCACCAGUAUGACUUGGGAGUCUGGAGCGAACUCGAGAUGAAGGAAAGCAGCACAAGCGGAAUCCCUGUUGAAUGACACCAGUGUUUGAUAAUAACUGUAAUCUUUGGAUUCAUAGUGACCAACCAAGGGCAUGCAUCUUAAAAUGUGCAAUCUUAGUUGUGUUUGAUGAGGUUAGAAAUGAUCCAGAAUGUUUGGUAAUGCAAUCAAUCAAAAUAUAUAUUUUUGUUGAACUUAGUCGACCUGCUGUCGGCUGUUCAAACUACAGAACCUCAAAAUGCCACUGGCUCCACUACCUGAUGGUUUUGUUGCAGGAGCUUCUCAAAUGUCCUCAUUGUUUUCUGACUUUACUACAUAGAAACAUCCCUAAACCUUUUAGAUAGAGAUUAAUUUACACGUGUGGCUUGUGGUGAAAUGCUUCACUGGACUUUUUCAGCCAUUUUUGUUAUUUGAGUUUAAGAUUUUUUUAUCAUUGCAUUUGACUUGGAAGAAGAGGCACUGUUAUGAUUUUAACGAGUUUACAGCAAUCUGAUGCCAUAACAGGAACAAUUUCAACUGAAAAAUAAAGGUUAAGACAAACUUUUAAAAGACUUUUCAAAACAGGAUAUUUUUGGGCCACACUACAGCUCCACUCCACUUUGUUGUUGAAUUAAAGUCUCCAGGUUGUCGAGAUAAGGAAAACAUUUUAAUCAUCCAACAAAUAACUAACAUUUUCCCCUAAAUCCUUUGCGCUGCAGUUGAUUAAAUAAAGCAGUCAGUUACAGUUUGGUUCUACCAAUAAUAAUUUAUGAAACAACCUUAUCAUACAGAAAGAACCGUUGAAUCCCUGAAUAAUUUAAUUUGUUCCGUUACACUUAACAGUACAACAUGCUUUUUGAUUUUGGCUUGUUCAUACAUGGAUGUAUGUCAUGUUUAUUUAUGAUGAUCUGAUCCAAAUUGAUCAUGACUUCUAAUUUGCUUGAUAAAACUGUUUCGAUAGUUUAUCAUUUAGUAUAUAAACAGCGUAUUUUUGAUUAUUUCCGCUGAUUGAAAGUUUUUAUUAGAGAAAGGGUGCAGAUUUUUCCAGUGACACAAUCAAAAUACAGCAGAAUUUUAACCUGUUUAGGUCAAAGUAUCAUGAAUGUUUUAAUUACUUUAUACAUACUCAGUGUAUGCGCACACACAUUAAAACCAGUAACUUGUUUUAAUGUUGUGAAUGGCCAGUGUAGUUUUACUCAGUUCACAUCAACUUGUCUGGCUUGAUCCUAGUUUGAAUAACAAACUGCAGAUUUUCUGAUAAACCAGCAGUUUGAUGAACUUGCUGCCUCUUCUCGUGUUGCGUGUCCGUCACGCUGGCAAACCGUGUCCAUGGCGGACGUGUGUUAACUUAGUGCCACUUUUUUGCAUCCAGUCAAACAGCUCUGCCUUACUGUGGUUUACUUCAUACUAAGUUUUGACAUGGAAUACUUUUGUUUUCUCACCAUGUUUGUUUUCUGCGUGCCGAGCGUAGGAAACAACACUGCGUCAUGAUUUGCACAAAAUUUUCAGGUGGUGUUUCCGAUUACUUUCUGCUGGAUUAAAGUCAUUUGAUGGUACUGUACACCUGCCUUCAACAUAAGUUAUCUUUCAGGUUGAUCACCUGGUGAAUGAUGUAUUAAACUUUCACAGUAUGAUGGAA